AUGAUCGAGAGCGUGAUCAGCCGCAAGCAGGGCGUGGUCUCCUCCGGCGCCGUGACGAGCACGCUCGAGUCGGGCGUCCUGACGCUCGCCAUCCAGUCGUGGCUCAACACGCACGGCAAGGACGGCGGCGACUCGGACCGCGUCUCCAAGUUCACGACGUACGCGGACUCGAUCGUGACGUCCACCUCGCCAUCCUUCAAGGACCCCGCGUCCGCUGCGAAGAUGCCUCUGGACCGGUUCACGAUCGGCCAGGCCCUGCUGAACAUCAAGUCGACCGAGGGGUCCCUCACCGCGGUCGAGACGGACACUUUGACGCUGCUCAACACGUCGCUGAGCCUGCAGAACCGCAACCAGUACAAUGGCUUCUGGUACUACGUCUACCCGUACUGGUCGUACCUCGACGGCGCGGUCUCCUUCCUGCCCUACAUGGCUGCCGCUCCGGGCUGGACGUAUGACGAUAUGCUGCUGCAGAUCAAGCUGCUCUACUCCAACACGUACAACAAGUCCACGGGCUUGGUCGUGCACGGCUACGACGCCCAGAAGAAGGCUGUGUGGGCCAACGAGGCCACGGGUGCCAGCCCCUACGUCUGGGGUCGGUCGCUGGGCUGGUACCUCGCUGGUCUUGUCAACGCGUGGGAGAAGAUCGGAAACUGCAACGGUGGAGCCAAUGCGUCCUGUAAGGCGCUGGCCGCUGAGAUCCAGCGUCAGACCUCCGUGCUGUGCAAUAGCAUCGUCCGAUACGCGGACAAGAAGACGGGCGUGUGGUGGCAGCUCCCGACGCUCGGCGGCCAGAAGGGCAACUUCCUCGAGAGCUCGUCCACGAUGCUCUACACCUUCUCCAUCCUCAAGGGCCUGCGUCUCGGUCUCCUCGAGGACGCCCACGGACUGAAGGCCGCCGCCAUGAAGGCGUACGACUACACGGUGAAGAGCGGGGCCUUCCUGCUCGACUACGGCAACGGCACGCUCGGCUGGAACGGCACCGUGAUCGUGUGCAGCCUCAACUCGACAGCCACGUACGACUACUACGUCGGCCGACCCACCCUGCAGAACCACGCACUGGGCGAGGGAGCCUUCGUCCUCGCGAGUCUGGAGGUUGAGCAACUCGCGAAGUAAGUUCGGGAGGAGAAUCGAGUAGUUUUACGAAAGAUUCAAGACAC